AUGGCUCCUGCUCAGGAUUCCCCUUCCAAGAAGCGUACCUCCUGGACCCCAGAGUUGAACCAGCAACUGUUCAUGGCACUGCUCAAGACCCUCGAUCCAAGUGCCAUCAACUACGGAAAAAUUGCCGAAGAGCUUGGUGGAGGGUUCUCGAAUCAAGCUAUUUAUAAACGUAUAUACGACAUCAAGAACAGAGGCGUUUCAUUCGAAAUCUCGGCCGCUGCCCCCAAGAAGCCCAACAGCACGACUACCAGCCCCAAGAAGCGUAAGGUCGCUGCUGACGCCGAGGAAGAUUUGUGA